CGUAUGAAUCAUACUAGAGAUAACUAAUAACGAGCUCAUCAUCGCGACUGGGGUCUGAGUAAUACCAUACUCCAGCGAACCAUUGAUUGAACAAGUAACGUCCACCGUGCGUUCGGUUUCCAUAAGAACGCGAGAGUUUCAGUGUCGUGAAGUAAAGAUAACAGUGUCCCCUGGUUGUGUCCCCCACCAUCCGAUUCAGUGUAACAACAUUUUCAGAAUGGAGCUGCUGUCCGUGCCACUGAAAAAACCUGCCGAAGUGGAUAUUGCCAAGCCCCUGAAAACGCUCAUUCAGAGCAACUAUCAGAAUCUGGAAGCGGACAAGUUGAACGCCAUAAAUGAGGCAAUUUCGGAGCUGAAUACGCUACGAAACACGGCCGUGUGGAAGGUGUUCGACAAACAGGAGUCGGGGCUGGAGCUAAACUAUCGGUAUUACGAUCAGCUGUGUUCACUGGAGGCGAAAAUUCCUGUGCAGGAGCUCCAGGUGCCAUUCAAAUGGAAGGAUGCCUUCGACAAGGGGUCGAUCUUCGGCGGCCGUAUCAGUUUGACUCUAACAUCACUUGCCUACGAAAGGACAUGCGUGCUGUUCAACAUAGCCGCACUGCAAAGCUGCGUGGCAGCAAGCCAGGGUAUCGAUACUGACGAAGGAUUGAAGCUGGCGGCGAAACUGUUCCAGCAGAGUGCGGGCAUUCUUUCCGCCCUGAAAACACUCGCCUCGGCAACGAUCCAGGGCGAGCCUACGCCUGACUUGUCGCAGGACUGCCUCACCGCACUGGCCAAUCUCAUGCUCGCCCAGGCACAGGAAAUGUUCGUCAUCAAGGCCAUCAAGGACAACAUGAAGGAGCUGAUAGUGGCAAAGUUGUGCGCCCAGUGCGAGGAGCUUUACUCGGAGGCGUUGCGUUCGAUGCAGCGGGACACCGUACGUGCUCUGUGGGACAAAGAGUGGAUAUCCCAGGUGGCCGGUCGUCAGGCGGCCAUGCACGCACUUACCAUGCUCUACCACAGUCUGGUUUCAAAGAGCAACAAGGCGUUCGGGGAGGAAAUCAGUCGGCUGCAGAAAUCGAUAGAGCUAUUCAAGACGGCACAGUCGCGGGCCUCAAAACCAACGCUCUUUCAAGAGUACGCCAGCCGGGCAGCUAGGAACCUGGCCGAGGCGAAGAAAGACAACGAUUUUAUCUACAACGAAAUCAUUCCGGACGUUAACAGCCUCCCCGGCCCGGGCAAGGCGCAGCUGGCGAAGGUUUUACCUAUGCCGGCCCAUCUGAGUGAAGGCUUUAGGGACCUUUUCACGGCCCUGGUACCGGUUGCGGUCAAUCAGGCGCUAGCGGCCUGCGAGGGACGAAAGACGGAACUGGUCAAUGGAGAGAUUAUGCGUUUGCGCGAGGCAACAACAGCAAUGAAUGGGCUGCUGUCUAGUCUUAACCUUCCGGCUAUCAUUGAAGUGACGGCGUCGGGCGACAGUUUGCCACCGUCGCUGCAGGAGAAGGCAAGCGCGGUGCGGGAGAAGGGUGGCAUCGGGCAAUUGAAGGAUUUGAUCGAGCGUCUCCCGGAACUGUUCACCAGGAAUAAGGAAAUUCUUGACGAGGCCUUCCGUAUGCUUGAUGAGGAGCGAGACUCGGACAAUCAGUUGCGCGCACAAUUUAAGGAUCGCUGGACGCGUACACCGUCGGACAAGCUGGCCGGAACGUUCCGAGCGAACGGGGAAAAGUAUCGUACGAUCAUCAACAACGCAACCGCGGCUGAUAAGGUGAUUCGCGAGAAGUUUGCCACCCACCGCCACGGUCUCGAGCUGCUAUCGAUGACGGCCGACCAGCUGGCGAAGGAGAUUCCAUCGGCCGGCGCGGGCGCCAACAGUCAGGCCUCGAACUCAUCCGCCGCCCAGCGGCUCCGCUCGCUGAUGGAAUCGGUGGACACGAUCAAAGCGGAGCGGGAGUGCAUAGAGUCGGAGCUGAAGUCUCUCACGGUUGACCUGAAGGAUCGCUUCCUGGGCGCCCUCGCCACCGAGGGAGUCAUCAACGAGGCAGCGAUCUCGCUGUCCGAAAUCGGCAAACUGAUUGGACCGCUGCAGGAACAGGUUGGCGAAACGCUCGCCCGCCAGCAAACGCUGUCCGCCGACAUUCGUGAGGCACACGAAAAAUUUGUCUCCGAGUCGGGAGUAUCGACCGACCAGCGGGACAACAUGCUAUCGAAGCUGGCGGCCGCGUAUGACGUGUUCACCGAGCUACAGGGCUACCUGCAGGAGGGUGAGACGUUCUACAAUGGGCUCACGGAGAUUCUGCUCGUGUUUCAGAGCAAAAUCAGCGACUUUUGUUUCGCUCGCAAAACUGAGAAGGAAGAGCUGAUGAAGGAUCUGACGCACGAAUCAAGCCGACAGGCCCCGGCAGUCACGCCGGUCAUCCCGACACACCACACUUCUACCACUGCGUCGGCGGAACCAGCCGCAUCCGCUAGCGCCCCAUCGGGCAUGGCCCCAGCGCCUUAUCCUCACCAAAUGCAGGGUAUUCCGGUGGCGGGUGCGUAUGGCGUUGGAGGGGUAGCCCCUGGGGCUGGUUUCACCGGUUACGUUCCGCCACCGAUGCCACAAGGUUUCAAUCCCUACGGAACGCUGCCCUACCCGACAGCGUACACCGGUUUUCCACCGGCCACGAACAUGAUGCCUCCGGCGUACUACGGCACGUAUCCGGGUGCGUACGGUGGGCAGCACCAGCAACAACCUGGAGCACACCAACCUGGUGCGCCAAACCCGAACAACCCAAUGGGAUGGUGAACACUCAUCACCCAGCCACACUGAAAGAAUCGAGAUUUUUCGAAACAUUAUGUAUGAUAGUUAUUAGAAUUGGCCCUGCUAUACCUGUUUUAAACAGCCGCGCACAUUACAGGCUCGAAUCUGCUGAGUAUUUUUGGUCUUUUUCCACAUGGAUAACACGCAAUAUUUAAAAAACAAACACAUGCGAAUAUACUGAGUUGUAUUUGUGAAUUUAUGUACUGUUUCCCCCCGUUUUCCUAUUGAUUAUCAAAUAAAGCACUUUUUUUAAUGCGUCUAUU